UAUGUUAUUCGUUCAAGACCUGAUUCACUUUAAAGAGAUGUUUGAAGUGCUGAAUUUAGCCUGAUUGACAAAGAAGAGCAGAAAGAAUUUGAAAGAGGGACAGCUUCCCAUUUCAGAGGAAAAAAGAAUGUCUAGCUUUCUAUGUUAAAAAAAAUGAAGAUUAUUUGCAUCGCUUUCUUCCUCUGCUUCGCGUCCUCUCUGUCUGCAACAGUCGACCACACGAAGAGGAGUUUCUCUGAUCUCGGCUGCAUGGGCGUCUACGAUAGGGCCAAGUUCGCUAGGUUGGACAGAGUUUGCGAAGAAUGCUACCAAUUGUUCAAGGAAUCAGAUGUCCACACAUCCUGCAGAUCCAACUGCUUCAAAAAUAAUUUCUUCACUCAGUGCGUGGAUGCUCUUUUGCUCCAGAAAGACCAACAACGAUUAGACAAUAUGGUGGAACAACUCUACGGCCGAUGACUUCUUUAAACGGUAUCGGUAACAGCAAGGAUCUCGAAAAAGCAGCUCUGUGAUUGAUGCCUUCCAGUAACUCCAGCCCUUAAAUAAAAAAAUAAAAUAAAAAAAAAAAACCUGUAUUCGUAUAAUAAUAAAACUCAUAUUAUGCUGAAAA